AUGAGCAAGUGUCUGAUCACCCUGGCAGGAAUUUCAGAAAAUAUGGCCGUGCCCUUGAUGCUGGACCUGCAGGGAGAGAAGCUGCGGUCACAACUGGAGGAAGGAAAAAGAAGGUAUAAAACAAUGUUCACUCGCCUGAAAGCCCUGAAGGUGGAGAUUGAGCACUUGCAAUUGCUCAUGGACAAAGCCAAGGUGAAGCUGCAGAAAGAAUUUGAAGCCUGGUGGGCAGAGGAGGCCACCAACCUGCAGGCAAAUUCUCUAGCAGUGAAUUCACUGGACAACAUGAAGCCAUUUCCCCGGACAUCUGAAUCCCAGCAUGAAGGGUCCCAGCUUCUGACUAACAAAAGUUCAGGAGGCUGGCAAGUCCAAAAUAAAGGCACUAGCAGAUUCAGUGUCUAUGAUGUGAAUGCCAGGAGAAUCCUGCCCUCGCCUCGCCCCAGCCCACACAGCCAGGAACAGAGCAGCACUGGCACCCCCGCAGAAGACAGCAUCCCCGAGAGACCGAUGUCGUCCAUCCCUCUCACCGGGGUCAGCCAGACGGACUCAGACAUCCUGGCAUUCAUCAAGGCCAGACAGAGCAUUCUGCAGAAGAAAUGACAGCAGGACGUCUGCUCGUGAAAGGAGCACCGCAGCUGAAGGAGGCCUUUACGUGUGGCCCUCACGGC